AUGGGCGCGAUUGUCGAUGAAAUAUCCUGUCUUCUGGAGACGCACGCGAAUCGAGAUAAGGUCGUUUCUCUCGCAAGUUAUGUGCUAAAGCUUUGGGGCGCAACGGGAAAAAGCCCGCCACUGCUGACAGCGAGCGCGCGAAUCGCCGGUACGCGUGCCACACUACGCCUCUUUGACGACGCGGCCGCCGUCAGAGCCCUUGUCAGAUAUGGACUAGGCCAAAAAGAAGGUCUGCUAUGGGGUACCAUGGGCGUUGCCAACGGGCUGUUCACGCUGUCGUAUUUACAAGGGGAAAAGCUGGUUUGGCUGCUGGACACUGGAGUGCUGAAGCUGUCACCAGAGCUGGCUGAAAGGAUACGGAUAGCCCACAAGCUUUUCUGGUCUCUCAGUGCGUUCGUGGGACUCGUCAGGUCCCUCCGCGCGUUGCACUUGACGGCGCUGAUGCUGAAAUCGCCGGGCAGCCCGAAGUGCGCACCGGCCCGCCUCACUCACGCGUCUCUCACCAGCACCAAGUUGCUGCUGGACGUGAUCCACGCGGUCAGCUGGCUGCCGCGCGGCUGGCUCUGGGGCGAAGCCCUAACCGCCACUCAGGCCUCCGCGGUGGCGACGGCCUCCGCCGUAUUUGGGCUCGUCAUGCAUUACCACGGCAAGCGGCUGUUACCGAGA